UUUGUAUCUAUUGUCUUCUCUUUUUCUCUCUCCAUCGAUGAUCACAAUCGUUUUGCUUUAGAUGAACAAAACCGUGAUCUUAAACAAAUAUUUUGAAUGGUUAGGCAUUUCCCCAGCAAUGACCGGAUUCUCAUGCCAAUCCAUAUUGGGUUCUGGCCGGAGGACCCACCACCCACCGGUGAGGUUAGUACUCGAGACUUCUCGUCUAGACUUCCGGUGGUUUGUCGACACGUUCACAGUAAGCAACCAUUUGGAAUGUUCAGAGGCGAAAACGCUAUGAACUAUGCAUUUUCAACUUUCUUGAUCGAGGCAAUUCUUAUUAUCUUCUUCAUCAAAAUCACAUGCUUCCUCCUUCGACCUCUACGUCAACCUCGUAUCGUCUGCGAGAUCAUUGGUGGAAUGAUGAUAGGACCGUCGAUGCUUGGAGGAAGCAGGAACUUCAACUACUACUUGUUCCCACCGAUAUCAAAUUACAUAUGUGAAAACUUGGGACUGUUGGGAUUUGUUUACUUCUUCUUUAUCACUGCGGCCAAAACUGACGUUUCAGCCAUUGCAAAGUCUCCAAGAAAGCAUAAGUACAUUGCUGUGAUCGGCAUUGUCGUCCCCCUGGUAUGCACUUUGGCCACGGGGAUGGCAAUGCGAGACAAAAUGGACAAGAACAUGAGAAAGUUUUCAUCAGUUGGAUCGAUUGCGUUUGCCUUGGCUUUUAGUUCUUUCCCUGUCAUCUACACCGUCUUAAGAGACAUGAACCUUCUCAACUCUGAAGUAGGCAAGUUCGCCAUGUCGGUGGCUCUCAUUGGAGACAUGGCAGCGAUUGUUGCUCUUAUUUUUUUCGAGGCCUUGAAUCAGGUAGAGGAAGGAGGAGCCACGGCUAUAGUUUGGUAUCUUAUAUCGGUGGUUAUAUUCAAUGCUUUUAUGUCUUUGGUUGUGGGACGAGCUCUUGAGUGGGUGGUCGACCAAACGCCAGAGGGGAAACUCGUCGACCAAAACUAUAUUGUAAUGAUUCUCAUGGGUGUUCUUGUCGCUUGUUUCAUUACAGACAUGUUUGGUUUAUCUAUGGGCAUGGGACCCAUUUUGCUAGGGUUCAUUGUCCCUCAAGGUCCACCUUUGGGUUCGACGCUGGCUAUUAGGAGCGAGACUUUCAUCCAUGAGUUCUUGAUGCCUUUCUCCUUUGGUUUGGUGGGACUCAAGACCAAUGUCAAUCUUAUCACCAAUGAUAUUUGGGAACAAAAGCUCUCUCCUCUCGUCUACAUGACAGCCGUUGGAUUCAUCUCUAAGUUUCUCGCUGUGUUUUCCGCUGCUGUCUUCUUUAAAAUCCCCACCAGAGACAGUCUCACGCUUGGUCUCAUGUUGAACUUGAGAGGCCAGAUAGAUACCUUGCUCUACUUGCAUUGGAUAGACAAAAAUAUAAUCGGUUUACCCGGUUUUGCUAUCUUGGUUUUGCAUGCCCUUGUGGUUACGGGAAUAGCAACACCGCUUAUCAGCUUCCUUUACGAUCCAGAUCGUCCUUACAGGAUCAGCAAGUACCGCACCAUACAACACACUCCCCCGUCUACCGAGGUGGGACUUGUUCUCGCCGUCGCCGACCACGAAGCCUUGUCCGGUUUGUUCACCUUUCUCGACCUUGCUAAUCCCACUACAAGUAGCCCCUUUUGUAUAUAUGCUAUCCAGUUAGUGGAAUUAAUGGGGCGAGCCUCGCCAGUUUUUAUCGACCACGAGGAGGAGGAAGAGGAUGAGGAGGACGAUGAGGAAGAGGUGGAAGAAGAAGAAGAUGAAGGUGCCCGGAGAAACCAGGUGCAAACCGCAUUUAGGUUGUACCAAGAGAGAAGAUUUGAAUGUGUAACGCUACGUGCCUACACAGCUCAUGCUCCAAAGCGUCUAAUGUACCACAACAUUUGCCAGCUAGCAUUGGCUAAUAAAACCGCUUUCAUUCUCUUACCUUAUCAGCAAGAACGUCUCGACGACGAUGCACCAACGGAGCUACGUAACUCCGGCAUGUUAUCCGUGAACGCGGAUGUCUUGGCGCACACGCCAUGCUCUGUUUGUAUCUAUUACGACAAGGGACGGCGUAGAAACGCUCGGUCCCAAGAAACGUACCGUUUUGUUGUUCUGUUCUUAGGAGGAGCUGACAACAGAGAAGCUCUGCAUCUGGCCGACAGGAUGACGGUGAAUCCAGACAUAAGCUUGACGGUGAUCAGGUUCUUGUCGUUUAACCAUGAAGGAGAGGACGAGAGGGAGAAAAAGCUGGACGAUGGGGUGGUGACGUGGUUCUGGGUCAAGAAUGAAGACAAGGAGAGGGUUAGUUACAGGGAGGUUGUGGUCAAGAACGGUGCGGAGACGCUGGCUGCAAUACAAGCGUUGAAUGACAACGACUAUGAUCUGUGGAUAACGGGGAAGAGAGAAGGUAUCAACCCGAAGAUUAUAGAAGGGCUUGCGGAGUGGAGUGAGAACCACCAGCUUGGAGUGAUCGGAGACACUGUGGCGGGGAGUGUGUUUGCCUCGGAAGGUUCGGUGUUAGUAGUACAGCAACAGGUGAGGAACCAGAAGGGUAGUGGUUUCUUGAAUGGCAAGUUGGAUUACAAGAAGUUAGUGUCUUAUUGGUCUUGUAAUAAUUGUUAG